UUCAAACGCACAGCCGGCAGCGGGGGGCUGCCUGGUGCUCGGCGGCUUCGCAGAAGUGAGCGGCGCCGGGCCUCGGAGCGCCUUUCGUUACGUGCGGCUGAGGAGCUGCGCCUGGGGCCAGGGUGGUUGCAGCUCCGCAGGAAGCCCGCCUGACGCCCACCUGACUGGAGCGAGAGAGACUAUGGAGGAGGGGAAAGACAUGGCAUUGCAUCGCUCCAGUCGUGUGGCGGAAGAAAAGCUGAGUACUUGCGUGGAUGUUUCAGACUUUCCUCUUCUGGCUGACGAAAAGUUUGAUUUUGACCUUUCACUCUCUCCAGUAAGUGGAAGUGAAGAUGAAGUUUUUGUUGGACCUCUGGGACACAAAGAAAAAUGUAUCGCUGUCAAUAUUGAAGCGACAAGAAGUGCUGAAAAAAAGAGGGUGCCCCCUUCUGAUGAGAAACUCAUGUGGAGCCCACUUACAGGAGACAAAUUUGUGGAAAUUUUCAAAGAAGCUCAUUUGUUAGCACUGCGGAUAGAAAGCGGAAGUAAGAGUGAGGAGAAGAAAAUAAGCCAGUCAGAAGAAAAUGAAGAUGAGAUUACAGAACAAUUUGCGGGGGACUUGAAGUCAAAAAUGAAAAUACUGAAAAGCCACCAUAUAGAGAAAAGUCCUCGGGCUGUUAAGAGGGAGACGUACUGUGUGGGAGAUAGCCCUGCCAGUAUGCUGCUGCCUUCUUUUCAGAAGGAAUCAGAUAAACUUCUGUCAGGUGACAAGACACGCAUUCUUCAUAUUCCUUCAGACAGAAGCCCUGUUAAAAUUCAGGCAUCUCCUACAAAAAUCAACAGUUCACCUCUGACACAGGAACAGAAAACUAAGGAAAUAAAGAAAACAACUGGCAAACUGCUAAUGCCAAAGCUUUCAUCUACUCUUGGAAAAAGCAGUAUGUUGACUGUAGAAAAGGCCAAACCAGGAAAAUAUAUUAGUAUUUCUACAAAAAGAGAUACAGCCAGCGUGGGAUCAUCUGAAGAUCUAAUUUCAGAUAAAUCAAGUGCUGCUUCAGAUGUCUUUGAGUCUUCAUUCAGUGGUAGUUCCUCAGCGCAGGACAAAAAAGUCCUUCCUGCACCAAAUAAGCCUGGUUUAAAGAAAACGCAUCUGAAACUUCCUGGUGUUGCCAGUGGUCUCGCAAGGAAAAGUACUUCAUCUUCUUCAUCGUCAGUUUCCAGUGUGAGCUCAAAUCUGAACUCAAGUUUACCCAUUUCUCCCAUAGGAAAAAGUGGAAAACCGAAUGCAACUUCAAAAACUGGUGUGAGUGGCUCUAAACCUUCAUCUAGUAUGAAUAGACUGUCUCUGGCCAGACCAACCAGAGUGUCAUCUCUGCACGCUGUCAAUACUGAGAGAUCCAGCAAGCAAGCGAGAUCAGCUAGUACUCCCAAAAUAUCUAGUGCUGCAAGCUUGGCUAAAUCUUCAGCUUCUGCUGUAACAGUGCCAUCCGAGCCCGAAGGCAGUGGAAUUCAGAGGCUGAGGUCUCUCCCCAGUCUGCAGAAGCUAUGUCAACAAAAUAAAGACGGAAGUACAACAAAAGGAAGCCUGUGCCCAAAGCCCAGGGCUAGAGUUCUGUCAGUUCCUACAAGUCAAACUCAGAUUCCAGUGAAAACUACAGAUAUAACACCAAACAAGUCAGCAACAAAAGCAACACCUUCUCUUGGAUUAACAUUUUGUGGCAAAGUUGGAAGUGCCAUGGCAGUCAGCACACCCCUGAAAGCUUCAGAAGAUGGGAUAUUUCAGAUUCCCUGUGAGAGGCCUGUCCCCAUGACUCCUGCCAGUUUGAAGCGGUCUGCCUUGCCUACUCCUGUCCGUCGUAUCUCAGGAUUUCCAGCAGCAACUCCUAAAACCACACCAAGAUCAGUAUUUUCUCCACACGUUGAAUCUGUUCGCCGAAGUUCCAGCUUUUCUACCAGAAAGACACUUACAGCUGGUUCUAAACAGAUAAAAGAGACGCAGUCGUCAUCUUCAGAUGACCCAUCUCCUCCACCUGUGCAGCCUCUUAUGCUUGACUUCUCACCAGAAAAAGCUGUGACAGAAAUAGCAGAAGACAAAUUAAAAGAGGCUGGAGCACAAAAUCAGCUGGCUGAAGAGAGACAAACUAAAGAGAUAUUACUCGUAGAUAUUGGAGCAGAUAACUGUCUCCCACAAACUUUGGAAUGUGGAAGUAGACCUCUGAUUGACCUCUCCAAUACUCCUGAAGUGAAUAAGAUUAUUCCUCUAAAGCCUACAUUCUCGGGGCAGGUAAAGUUAAUUGAUUUGAGCUCUCCUCUUAUCACUCUGAGUCCUGAUAUAAACAAAGAAAAUUUGGAUUCCCCUCUGUUGAAGUUCUGAACCUGACUGGGAAGAUCACAGAUGCUAAGACCUCUUCAACUGUUUAGAUCCCACUCUUCCCUCACACAGCUUGAUGAAGAUGGAUAUGGAACACCUGAUGAAUUCUGUUGCUGCUGCAUUUCUCAUGGUCCUGAUCUAGUCAAAUUACAGGGUUCUUCUCACAGAUACAACACAGCCAUGUAUCUAAACUUUGUUGGUCUAAGCCAAAAAGGAAUAGUCUCUGUAGUGGGAAGCUUUUUUUUAGUUUCUAACAAUUGCCCUUUGCCUCCCUAUCCCCUAUGUGCAAUGAAGAUUUAAUUUAAAAUAAAUGGAUUGUUUAGCAAACUGCUGUACAAAAUAUGAAUGUUUUGCUACAGGCUUUAGGCAGACGAGUUAGUGUUUCACUAGUACUGUUAGAAUGCAGAUAGAGCUGGUAAAUGCAGGUCAAGGGUUUUUUUUAAUGCAAACUAUUCCAAGUCAGGAAACUUUUAACUGUGAAUGCUAGUGGAGUAUACUAACAGCAGCAGAUAGCUGAAUGAUUGCACCUUUCAGAGGAGAAAGCGGCAGCAUGUUAUUGCUUGACAUAAGGAGGUUUAACUUGAAGUUUCUCCCUUUCAGAGUGGAAAAAUGCUUUCCUACCCGAGUUUCCCACGCUUCCUUGCAUGACAUGAAGACUUCACAUUAUGGGGUGUAAACUGAAAUUAAAAUGCGCACAAUAUUAGCCCAUAAUUAUUAAGACAAGAAGUGUGUCUUGGGGACCAGAGGCUCCUCUUAUGUGAGUUCUGGCUUAAUAUAUUGACUUAUUAAAGUUUAUCAAGAGAAAUACGUCUUCGCCGUUGGUAUUCGUUUAAAAAGCGGUGAAAGCCAAGCCCUACCCCUUCCUCGUGC